AUGGUGCUACAGUCUCACGACUUCCUCUUUUCCCUAUCAGUAUCUGGAAAAUACAGUGAUUUCACACUGGUUUGCAACGGCGGUCAUGAAUUCAAGCUCCAUCAAGUGAUUGUUUGCCCGCAAUCAUCCGUCAUAACCGCGGCUCUCUCGGGUGGUUUCCAGGAAGCUACAUCGAAAGUCCUAAACGUGACCGAGUUCGAUGUUGAUACCGUUCAAUACAUGAUAUCCUUUCUCUACACAGGCGAGUAUCAAAUAUCUUCCAAAGGGGAUAAACCCGAUUCCGACGAUGGAAGCCCCCAAGAAGAAGACAGCAACGAUGCUGCAGAUCAAGCAUCACAAGCUUCUUCCCAUCUUUCAGAACCCGACGAAACUGUCGACGAUCUUUUCGCCCAUCUGCGCGUUAAUGCAAUUGCCGACUAUUAUAAUAUCCAAAACUUGGCUCAACUUGCAAAUACAAAGAUUCGGGCUAUCCUAGACCUUGGCCAAAACACCGAGGCGUUCCCGCGCAUCAUUCAAGAAGUCUCGACUUCAAACAGAGACCUCAACAUCCGCUCAAUUAUCGCUUCAGCGGCGGUGGCACGCAUCGAGGAACUUUGCCAUUUGAAAGCCUUUCAAGAAUUGGAACUCGAGCAGGAUUUCUCUGCUACACUGUUUGGUGCUUGUAGUGAAAGGAUAGAGACACUCGAGCGUCGCUUGCACGAUGCUCAAGCCAAUGUUGUGAUGUACCAGACACUCCGAGACGACGAAAGACAGGCGAAACAGUCCGUCAUCGAGCAGGUGAACAGGUCUACCCAGAUGCUACAGCUAACGCCCUCCUGUCGCCAUUGCGAGGAGAACUUUGGUUGUUAUUUUGAGAGGGGGGGACUUGACCAAAACUCGUGA